AUGUCUCUCAAACCCCUCAAACUCUACGGGAGCCUCCACCCGCCAAACCCCCCCAAAGUUGCUUUUAUCCUCUGCGAGCUUUCUCUUCCAUACGAAGUCGUCAAUAUCCCGCGCGAAGAAAUCAAGGGCCCAUUUCUUACGUCCUUUAACCCCAAUGGCCGGGUCCCUGUCCUAGUUGACCCCAACAACGACGACUUCACCAUCUGGGAGUCCGGUGCCAUUAUGAACUACCUGGUCUCGCAGUACGACACUGAGCACAAAAUCAGCUUCCCCUAUGGAACCAAGGAGUACCACCUGACCCAGCAAUACUUGCACUUCCAAAUGUCUGGCCAGGGACCAUACUACGGCCAGUGGUCCUGGUUCAAUUUCUACCAUUCCGAGAAAAUUCCGGGAGUAAUUGAACGUUAUAGCAACGAGGCCAAGCGGGUUUCUCAAAUUUUGGAAAAGUGCUUGGAGGGCAAAGAGUUUUUGAUGGGGGAUAAGUGCACCUUUGCAGACCUGGCUUUUUACCCAUGGCAAUGGUUUAUCAUGUCGGAGGGUGUAGCUUUGGAGGAGGAUGUCCCGAAUGUGCACCGGUGGAUGCAGCGUAUGUCGAACAGACCUUCUGUGAUUAAGGUGUUUAAGGACCGUGAGGCGUAUGCUCCCGCGAAGGCAUAG